AUGUAUCGGCAAGUUCUUGUUCAAGAUGAGUAUCAAGACUUGCAAAGAAUUCUCUGGAGACCAAACAUCAUGGAAGAAAUCAAACAGUUCAGAUUGACAACUGUAAUCUACGGCACGUCAAUAGCUCCAUAUUUAGCAGUACGUUGCCUGCAUCAAGUUGGUUUGGACACAAUGGAGAAAAAUCCAAUGCUCGCAAAAGUCAUCAUCAAGGACUUUUACGUUGAUGACCUAUUGACAGGAGCAAACUCGGUUAAGGAGGCAAGAAAACUCAAGGGACAAUUACAAGAAACUUUGGGAAAGGUUCAUUUCAACUUGAGGAAGUGGACUUCCAACUCACAGGAAGUUAUUCAUAAGGAAAAUGUGGCAUCGAUUGGACAUUUGAUAUCGGAUGAUGGAAUCAGCAAAAUAUUAGGUUUACUCUGGAAUUCAAGAGAUAUUUUAUAUUUCACAACAAGAGUCAUUCCAACAAAUAACAGGGUCACAAAACGAAUCAUCCUAUCAUCAAUUUCAAAAACCUUUGAUCCCUUAGGAUUAGUGGGUCCAUGCAUCAUCAAGGCCAAAUUGAUAAUGCAGAAAUUGUGGAAACUAAAUCUAUCUUGGGAUGAAUCAGUCCCCAAUGACGUUCAUACUGAGUGGUUAAGGUUUCAAAAUAAAUUUGAAUGGAUCAACAAGGUCAAAAUGCCAAGACAAGUAAUAAGUGCUACAGCAAAGAGAAUACAAAUCCAUGGAUAUUGUGACGCAUCCGAACAAGCUUAUGGUGCUUGUAUCUACGCUCGGUCUACUCAUUCGACUGGUAAUCACCUUGUCAGACUCAUUUGUGCCAAGUCGAAAGUAUCUCCCCUGAAAUGCAUUUCAUUGCCCAAACUGGAGUUAUGUGGAGCACUACUUCUAGCUAGACUAGUGAGUUCAGUAGUAAAGGCACUAGACAUGAACAUUCAGAAAAUCACAUACUGGUGUGAUUCACAGAUCACACUAGCUUGGAUAGCAGGGGAACCAUACAAGUGGAAAACCUUCAUAUCAAAUAGAGUUGCAGAAAUACAGCAGUUAACAAGACUUAAUCAAUGGAGGCAUGUGGCAAGUAAGGAGAAUCCAGCAGACAUCAUAUCUAGGGGUCUCGAACCUGUCGAGCUAGCCAAUUGUGAGUUGUGGUGGAAUGCUUCUCCCUGGAUUUCAAUGGAUGAACAGUUUUGGCCAAAACAUGACGUAAAAUUCCCUGAUGAGAUGCCACAACAGAAAACUAAUUGUAUUAGUUUAGUAUCAGCCACUCAACGGUUUGAUCUUUUUACAAGGUAUACAUCAUUGACAAAACUGCAACGGGUCAUAGCUUACAUAUUUAGAUUCAGAGUUUUAAGGGCAUUCAGGCUGUUUUCUAUUCGCCAUUCACAACGCCUUUCUACGGAUCCCUAA